AUGUCUCUAUCUCAUCGCUUUAAUUCACACCUUGUAAUCAACACAAACAAAUCAGUUGAUAAAAUGUCGGCCGAUUCAGUUGCCGACCUGCCAUCGCUGCCUACGUUCUCAGCGAUGGCACCACCCGCUUCGCCAACAAUGCUCACGCAACAACAAGGAGCACAGGCGUCACAAGCGACGAAAAAAGUACGCCAUAGUAUCGCUGCCGUAAACAUCACGACGCCAUCUUUGAAUGUUGACGACAGCAACGGUGGUGGUUCUACGUCAUCCUCCGCGAAGGAAGGCGGACGACGACGGCCCUCGUUCCUGCAUCUGAAUAUACCAGAUGCGAGCAAUUGGAGAGGUUCCCUAACGCAUUUACAUCUGCCGUCGUUUUCACUCACCGCCCCCGAUGGCGGGUCAUCGCAGUCGCCGUGGUUCACGUUUGGCGGGCUGGGCCUGCGUCGACAUUCGCACAACACGCUCCAUCGAUCCGAAUCGAUGGUGUCGAUUUGCUUCCGUUCGUUGACUGGAUUUAUCAGCGAUGAUAACUUUGAAGGCUUCCAGCAAUUCCUGCAGGGGAAACAGGUGCAAAUCGACGAUCGCGAUGAGAAUGCAACGACAGCACUUAUGGUUGCCGCCUCCAAGGGACGUACCCGUUUCGUUCGGGAACUGCUCGAAAUGGGAGCGGAUCCAAAUGCGGCGGAUGCGGAUAACUGGUCCGCUUUACUCUGCGCCGCCAAGGAAGGUCACGCAGAUAUAUGUUGCUUAUUGUUAGAGAACAAUGCCGAAAUAGAACAUCGUGAUAUGAAAAUGAUUUAACUCAUCAGUGAAAUAUUCUGGCUCAAUAUCUUUUUCAUACUUAGACAAUAAUCGCUCUACACAAUUAUUAGUCUCAACACGGCUUAAUUUUAAAUCAAAGAAAAUUUUAAAAUCGUUAAGAACAUUGAUAUAGACAUCGCUCCUUCGAGACUGAAGUUUUGAAAAUCACCCACGCCAAAUCAUCUAUGCACAAAACUUCGA